CCUCUUCUCUAAUCUGAUAGAAAUCAUCACCAAACCAAAUCGCUGAAAACCUCCCUCACCGACCUCAUUCCUGUCACCCCGGCCCGGGCCACCUGUUGCGCGUGUGUUUGGCUUUUUAAAAACGUCCUCAAGCGGGCGGAGCUUAGAGACAGCCUGUUAUUGGGUUAUUACAGCAGCACAGUGGACGCCAUCUGUUCUGCUUUGCUUCCGUGAAAUCCGACCUCAGUCUUUGUCGUAUUUGAGUUCAAGAUGGUGACCAAGAGGAUGCGCUCGGAGUACAUGAAGAAAUUCAAAGACCCCAAAUGGGAGAGCUACAGCAGGUGUUACGAAGAGAUGCUGCAAUACAGGCUGACCCGCAGGCUGCUGGAGCAAACUCACAAGCCCUGGUUCUGGAGCGGAGGCCCCGACAGUGACUCAGACUCCGGGGCAAGAAGUCCUGCUCCUCCCGGGAAGAACCAGGUCGGAGACGCUCCGGAGUGUGACGGGGCAAGGGUGGACAGACAGCCCGGGCAGCAGAGCAGAGUCCCGGGGACUGUGCCCAGGCUGCCCCUUCAAGAGGAGGAUGAGUCUGCAGCACAACAAGACUCACAGCCUGAAGGUGUCAGAGAGACAGGAGCAUCAGAGGAGGAGAGAGAGCAGCAGACUCACAGGGAACAAAACGGAGAGGUCACUGGAGGAGCUCGACAACAGCAGAGUAAACCCAUCAAAUCCUCAAAGCAACCAUGGCGCUCCCAUCGGGUCAGACCAGCACCAACCAAGCUGCCCAAUGACGACAGUAAGGAGAGCAGACAUCCCUUUGCUCUGUACGCUUCAGGGGAGAAGGAUGCAGACAUGGCGAACAGAAAAACACACAAUGUUGGCCCUGCAGCUUCGACUACUGAGAUCCAUGAGUCGGCUCUGCGGGCCAAGACCAGGCGGAAGGUGGAGCGUCAGGUCCAGGCUCAGGGGACCGAGCGCCGGAGAGCCCAGUCUGCCAAUGUGGACAAGACCGUGAAGUCGGUUCAACCGGAAUUCAACCCCUGGCUCACAGAGUACAUGCGCUGCUUCUCUGCUCGCUCCCGAUAAGACACACACACACGCACACACACACAUUCUCAGCAGAAAUACUGACGUCAGGGUGGUUCUAGACAGACAUACAUAAAUCAAGCCAUUAUUGCAUUAAACGUCCAUGGAUGUAGAGUAGAGCGCAUCACAUUCUGGAUGUAACUUCACUGUGUGGCUUAUCACCCCAGAUGUGUACAAUCAAGUUUUUUGUAUAAUAGUCAGUUUUAAUCUAUACGAUAAGAACCAUUCAAAGGGUAUGAGAGACUUUUAAAUAUUAGUUUGAGUCAUGGUAUUACCAUGUACAGAUGUUUUGAUUAGAAAGUCUUACAUGCAUUUGACAUACUUUGGUGCACUCCCUUUAAACACAGGCUAUAUAAAAUGUGAUUGUUGUACAGGGAUAUCAAACUACAGUGUUCUCAGACAGGAGUAAUGCAGGCGUGUGACAGCAUGUAUGCUAAGAUUCAGCCAUGUUUUUCUGAGAACGUGAGACCUCAAACAUAAAGACAAAACCAAACACAAAGUCACAAUGUUUGUAUUCCAAAAAGUGUACUAAGCACAGCAAGAUGGCUUAAUAACUGGAAGUGUUCUCAAAUGUAUGCAGAUUUGUGGAUAGGCGUUUUGUAUUUUUAUUGAAUCACACAAAUAUGUCCAUUCAGGAGUUUUAGCAGAUAGAUCCCCUAGCGGUGUGAAGUUGUUCUUGUAGAUUUAAUAUUUGUUGUUACACUUCAUGGAUUGAUCCUCCCUGACUUGGUUUAGAUAAAGAGUAAAUCACAAUGUGCUCAAAGUUUUACGAUGUGGCACAUUUUCUCACGAGCUUUUUAAAUAUCACGAUGUUGUUGACUAACAAUAUGUUGACAACAACAUGUGCAUUUUUUUGUUGUUGAAUUGAUGUUAGUGUACAGUAGUGAAUCUACAUGGUGCUGUUGCAGCGAAGAAAUAUAUGUGUGACACUUAAAGCCAUUGGAGGACUGAUCAGUGUGUUUCUAUGUGGUGCAAUGUAAUAUAAAAACACACACAGCUAAUGUAGGUCAUUUGAAAACAUAACAAUCGAUUUUUGAGACCAAAUGUAUUUUAUUAUUACUGUAACAGAUUAUUCUUUAAGACCAAAAGUUGAACGGUAACAACAAUGGACAUUUAGCUGAUGCACUUUGAUGAUUAGCCACCUUUCUGAUGUUUGUACAGAAUACCUUGCUACCUAUUUAGGUUUCCUUGUAACUUGCUUGUUCUUUAAUUCAGUGUAAAUAUGUUUGUAUGUUUGUUAACAUGAGCAAAACGUUAUUUUUACUUGUACAAAAGUCAUUUUGUGUAAUUGAUCUGAUCCAUUCAACACAAAUCUGUGCCAUAAAAUCUUGAGAAAAGUAUUUUCUCCUUUGAACAAAUAGUUUCGAAUUUGAACCAUUUACACAUUUAUCUUAAUGUUUUGUUGUUGAAACUCUGAGUUCAGUAUUACUUUAUUUACUUUUGUAAUGAUGUAGAUGUUCAGUCUUUUAAGGUUUAACUGCAAGGUAGUUCAGAGAAAAGAUGUGAAGAUGUGACAUUUUGUGCAAUACUAUGUUAAAACCAGUUGUUUUUUACAUGUGGUGAACUUUGACUGUCACAAAAAGUGGAACUGGAACAAGAUAGUUAGUUACUGAUUUUCUCUCCAAUAGUUAGUUACGGUAACUUUAUAAGAAAGAUCUUCUUAAUACUUACUUAAUAAUUUACUGAUGGCAGUAUGUAAAAGUUCCAAAAUAGUGUAAAACGUAAUGAUUCCGAGAUUUAAGGCUUUUAAAAUACUCUGUAUAUGCUGUAUUUGUUUUACAGGUAGACAAUUAUGUGGUGCAAAGCUUUAAUAAAUCACUUUUCC